AUGAAGUUUUCGGCAUUAAAACAAUUUUUUGUAUCGGGUCUAAUAACCGUGGUGGCUGCCGGGCCCACCAAAAAUAUCACUUUCAACGUUAUUUCUCUAGUUCCUAACAACCAGACACUUGGUGUUAUUAUCAAUGAAAAGGUGUAUCCUCUCACUAAAGUAAAUGAAGCCUCUAAUUUACUUCACUACGGAGAAGCUCCAUCUCCUUCUUCCGGCUACAAAUAUGCUAUUCUUCAAAAAGAUACCAACCAAGUUAUUGAAAACGAAGACUUUACUCGUAAAAAUAGCCCAAGCAAAAGCACAUUAAAUGAGUUUUAUGGCAGACCCUGGAACACUUUUACCAACUUGACAAAGCUUCCCUCAAUUUUUGAACCUAUUUCUAUCAACAACCGUAUUGAGUCCAAUCUUCACAUUGACAACGAAAUUCCUACUGUUCAUUUUUAUGGCGAUCAAGCACAAAUUGAUAAUCUUCAUAGUAAUCAAAUGGAAGAUAUCGACAUUAGUUUAAGCAUGGCUUAUCUUAGAUAUGCAACUUUUUAUAAAGCCUUUUUGUUCAGUCCUGGAGAUGUCAAAUUAUAUGAGAAUGUCACUGUUUCCAUUGCUGGCAUAUCUACACGUCAUAUGAAUGAACUUUCAUACAAGUUUAAGCUCCCCAAGAAACAAGAUCUUUUUGGCUAUCGCAGAAUCAAGUUAAGAGCUAUGUCGAUCGAUAUGUCUUAUAUGAGAGACAGUUUAGGUUAUGCUAUCGCUGAUUCUUUUGGUAUACCUACUACAAAGCAUAGUUAUGCUCGUGUCUAUAUUAAUGAUAAAGCUGCUGGUCUUUAUGGCCUCGUUGAACAUGUCAAAGAUGAAUGGGUGCAAAACGAAUUUGGUAAUGGCUCUAAAAAGUUCAAGCACGAUGCUUUAUACGUAGCUGAUAUCAAUGCUGGUUUGGCCAAUACAAGUACAACCACAAACAUAAAAAAACGCGAUGGUGUUAUGGACAGAUUUCUCGCAGGAGAAAAUGAGAUUAGUAAUCCUGCAGUCAGCUGCUCUUUAUUAUAUCUCGGAAACAACAUUACCGCUUAUACCUCCGGGCCUUACUCUGUGAAAUCUGGCCCUUCGGUUGGAACUGCCAACUACACUCGUAUUAUGGACCUGACUAAAUUUAUAUCCGAACAGCCUAUUGUUUCUGUCACCGACUCUUCAGCUACUAUUUGGGAGGAAAAAAUGGAUGUUCAUAGUUUUCUUCGGGGCUUAGCUUUUGAAAUUGUGAUCUCUAAUAUGGAUAGAUAUUUUGGUACGUCUAAUAACUACAUAUUGUACGAUGAUAUCAAAAAUGAGCGAUUGGUUCUUAGUGAGCAAGAUCUUGAUUUAACUAUGGGUAUUAGCAAGUACAAUGCUACCAUUAUGCAUGGUGGAAACUAUACCCUAUUCCCUGGCUUCACUGCUCGCCCUUUGAUGCCUCGUAUGAUGCAAGCUCCCAAAUUUAAACAGCAGUUUGAAAAUGAUCUUGUCAAGAUGACCAAAGAGCUCGUAAAUCCUGUUAUUUUGGGUCCACGUAUUGAUCAACUUUUUGGUAUGCUUUCUGAAGAGGUUGCCUGGGAUAUGACGCUACCUCGCUUAGGUACAAGCCUGAUACUUGAUUUUAUAUGCGAACUGUUUUCAAGUAACACCACUGAAAGUUAG